AUGUCGAUUCCGACCAAUAUCAUGGUUCAACUCGUUUCUAUACUCUUGCUCUAUGUCAUUGGUAAAUUGAUCUGGCGGGCUUUCUUCUCGCCUCUUGGAACAUUCCCGGGUCCAUUCGCAUCCAAGUUCACCGACACAUGGAGGGCUUUUCUAACAACCCGCGGUAAUGUGGACGCGGUUACCCGAGGAUGGCAUCGGAAAUGGGGCCAGGCCGUUCGGAUUGGACCCAAUACGAUUAGUUUAAGUGAUGCCAAGUUGAUCAAAGAGGUGUAUGCCAGCACAGCUAAGAACGCAUGGAAAAAGAGCAAAAUGUACAGUGUCAACGAUGUGGUUGUCAACGGCCAGAGAAUCUCCAACAUCUUCAACACACACGAUGAGGAGUUUCACAGAACAUAUGCCCGGCCAAUUGCCGGGUUUUGGACCUUGAACAAGAUCCUCGAGCUUGAGCCGCUGAUGGACGAAACCAUUCAGAAGCUUGUCCAUAAACUCGGGAACAAGUUCGCCGAAGACCCUAACCCGGAUACGGUCUGCAUGAUGGAGGAUUGGCUUACAUACUUUGCUUGGGAUUUUGCCGCCAAUGUUACCUUUGGGGAGCACUACGGCUUCAUCGAGGAAGAAAGAGAUGUCCAAGGCAUGAUUAAGGAAUCGACAGACGGCCUUCGCUACUUUGCGCCGGUGUCUCAAGCGCCUUGGCUCGAUAACUGGCUCGACAAGAAUCCCUUCUACCGAAUCGGUCCAAAGCCAUUAGUCAACGGUCUACUGUACACGGUUGCCCGCCUGGCUGACUACCAAAAGAGACUUGCUGAAGGAAGCCUGGCACGAGCCAAGGUAGACACAUUUAUAGACAAGUACCACGGGCUCAGAGACGUCCAUCCCGAUGUUGCGGACAGCAAUCAACUAGUGAACUGGCUGAUGCUCAACGUUUUGGCGGGAGGCGAUUCGACGGCUGGAGCUCUGAGGCCUAUCGUGUACCAUCUUGGUAAAUGCCCCGAAGCGCAAACGAGGCUGCAAAGCGAGCUGAAAACGGCCCGGCUCUCUCUGCCUGCCCAGUGGAAGGACAUCCACAGGCUCCCUUAUCUAGAUGCCGUCAUCCGGGAGGCGGCGCGUUUGAAUCCAGCCGUGGGCUUGAUGUUUGAGCGAGAGGUGCCCGCGGCCGGUUUCCAACUUCCAGAUGGCCGCUUCAUCCCGGCCGGCACAAACGUCGGCAUCAACCCGGCCGUUGUGACGAGGGAUGUCGGCGUUUUCGGGGAACACGUCGACCGGUUUGUCCCGGAACGCUGGCUACAAAGGCGCGACGAGGGCAGCGACCAGUUCAUCUGUCGUCGGCGACAAAUGGAGGAAGCUGGGGAUCUCAUGUUCGGUGCAGGCAGCCGCGCCUGUACGGGGAAGCAUUUCGCCAAGGUGGAAAUGUACAAGCUCAUGGCCACGUUGUACAGCAUGUUCCAUAUCCGGCUGCCCGACCCGAAUCACGAGUGGAACUAUUGCAAUGCAUGGUUCAUGUACCACAGUAAUAUCCCAAUGCGAAUCACGCGACUCGAGCACGACUAG